AUGCGCAUCGCGACAUGGAAUGUCCGAACUAUGAGGACAGGCCUUCCGGAUACCUGCGAAGGUUCACACAGCAUACAAGAUCUACGAAAAACGGCUGUAAUCGAUGCAGAACUUAGCAGACUCCAAAUAAAAAUAUGUGCUCUACAAGAAACCAGACUACCAGAUGAAGGCUCAUUGCGUGAAUCAUCAUACACAUUUUUCUGGAAGGGAAAAUGUCACACUGAUAUUCGUCAGCAGGGAGUUGGUUUUGCGGUCCACAAUGAUUUGUUACCAGCUAUUGAGAGUCCCCAAGGAAUAUCAGAGCGCAUAAUGGUCCUGAGACUCAACACUAUCCAUGGGUUUGCUACUAUCAUCACAGCUUAUGCUCCGACACUAACAUCUUCGGAAGAGACAAAAGACCAAUUCUACAAUCAAUUAGACGAGACAGUAAGUAAAGUGAGUACAGGUGACCGCCUAUAUAUUCUUGGAGACUUUAAUGCCCGAGUGGGCCAGGAUUUCUCCACAUGGCCCAGUUGUAUUGGAUACCAUGGUGUAGGAAAUAUGAAUGAGAACGGUCAAAGACUGCUAGAGUUUUGCUCUGAUCAUCGUCUUUGCGUAACCAAUACAUUCUUUAAGGGUAAAUUAUCACACAGAGUUUCCUGGAAACACCCACGAUCUGGCCAUUGGCAUCAGCUGGACGUCGUGCUCUCCCGUUCCAGGGACCUACGAGAGAUCCUUCACACACGCACUUUUCAUAGCGCUGACUGCGAUACUGAUCACUCGCUAGUGGUUGCACGAGUGGCCAUUGCGCAUAAAAAGAUUCACACUUCUCAUGCUCCGGGUAAAAGAAAGAUAAAUCUUGCUAAUGUGAACAUUGACGAAAACCGUCUAAAAUUUGAGUCUUUAAUUACAGCUGACUUAAACAAUUGGGAUACUGAUGUCUCAAUAACCGUUGAGUGGAAUAAUAUUAAGAAUAUUUUAGCUAGCGGCGCUGGUGAGGCUUUUGGCUACAUGACUACCAAAUCUCAGGACUGGUUUGCAAAUAAUAUCCAACAUCUUCAACCACUAUUAGACGCAAAGCGCGAGGCUGCUCUUAACCAUCGUUUGCACUCCUCUCCUGUGACUGAUAAAAAUCUUCGUACAGCUAAAUCAGCUCUCCAGCGAAGCGUACGAUAUUUCGCCAAUCUAUACUGGACUAAUCUCGGCCUCAGGAUUCAAACGUGUGCCGACAACGGAAAUAUUGGUGGUGUUUACGAGGGUAUCAAACAAGUCCUUGGACCUGUCCCUAAAAAGACAGCCCCCUUAAAGGACGCAGAUGGCUUCUCUAUAACAGAUCCUAGAAAACAACUUGACCGUUGGGUUGAGCAUUACACCGGUCUCUACUCACGUCCUACUAAUCUACACCCGGAUGCUGUUAAUAAUAUGCCUAAACUAGACUUAUGGACUGAGCUAGAUGAUCUACCGUCUAUAGAGGAGUUCAACAAUGCAGUAAACAAACUAAAAUCCGGUAAGAGCCCUGGCUGCGAUGGAACCCAUGCCGAAAUAAUUAAACUCCAGUGUGUAAGACCGAUGCUGUUUAGUCUCCUGCGUAAAUGCUGGGAAGCAGGUGAAGUGCCGCAAGAUAUGCGAGACGCUAAUAUUGUGACCAUAUACAAAGGGAAGGGUGACCGUGGCGACUGCAACUGCUAUCGUGGUAUCUCCCUCCUAAGUAUUGUUGGAAAACUUUUCAGUCGAGUCAUUCAAUCUAGACUCCAAAAGCUUGCGAAUCGAGUAUAUCCGGAAUCUCAGUGUGGCUUUCGCCCCCAGCGUUCUACGACUGACAUGAUUUUUACUCUACGUCAAUUACAGGAGAAGUGUAGAGAGCAGAAGACUCCCUUGUUUGUGGCUUUUGUUGACCUCAACAAAGCCUUCGAUACGGUUAGCCGGGAGGGACUGUACUCAGCACUAGAAAGCAUCGGGUGCCCACCUAAACUUUUGUGCCUGAUAAAAUCAUUCCACGAAAACAUGAAUGGCAUCGUAGUUUUCAACGGCAGUACAUCAGAGCCGUUUAAAGUUUGCAGAGGUGUGCGUCAGGGCUGCGUUUUGGCACCCACCCUGUUUGGAAUAUACUUCUCGCUGAUGCUACGUGCAGCAUUCAGUGAUGACCAUCAAGGCGUUCAUUUACACACUAGAACGGAUGGAAGGCUGUUUAACAUCUCCCUGCUUAAGUCGAAAAAACACCGAGAGGAUCUCUUCGUGGAUAAUCUCCUCUUUGCAGAUGACGCAGCACUACUAGCCAAUUCACCGUGUGAGCUCCAGUCAAUGAUAGACAGGUUUUCACGAGCUUGUUCUCAGUUUGCCAUGACUGUAAAUACCAGCAAGACAGUGAUAUUGUCACAAGGAACUCCUGCGGGGUCGACAGUAUCGCUUAAUGGCACGCCAAUAGUCGAAAUUGACAGAUUUUGCUACCUAGGGUCAACCGUGUCGAACAAUCUCUCGCUUGACUCGGAGAUCGAUAUUCGUAUCGGCAAAGCGGCGACCAUGUUUGGGAAGCUUAAUGAAAAGGUAUGGCGAAACAAACAUCUCACUGUUAAGACUAAGAUGAUAGUGUUCCAAGCUUCCAUCUUGAGCAUUCUUUUGUACGGGGCUGAGACUUGGACGUCAUAUGCCAAACAGGAACGACGAUUAAAUUCCUUCUAUAUGCGCUGCUUACGUAAAAUCUUAGGCAUAACAUGGCAAAACAAGAUCACAAACCAGAAAGUACUCCAAACUGCACAGCUACCUAGCUUGACUACGUUGCUCAAACAGAAACGCCUACGUUGGCUAGGGCAUGUGUACAGGAUGGAGCCUUCUCGGUUGCCAAGGCGCGUUAUGCUAGGUGCAAUCGCCGACGCAAGGAGAGACAUCGGGAGACCUUUGCUCCGCUUUAAGGACUGUGUGAAACGAGACAUGGCUUCUUUCAAGAUUGAUCAUAAUAAUUGGGAGAAGCUCGCUACUAAUCGAUCAGAAUGGCGCAAACUUGUUUCCGAGGGUUGCAGAUCCUGUGAUGAGUCUUGGUUCAGAGUACUCGCAGACAGAAGGAGGAAACGCCAUCAAGACGACUCUGAAUCGGCUUCUGCAAACUUCCCCUGUCCGACCUGCGGAAAAGUGUGUCGAUCCCGCAUUGGACUGUUUGGACACCAAAAACACUGCUCAGGCAACACACCAUAA